AUGAACAUUCAAGUGGAGCACCCGGCCGGAGGCUACAAGAAGCUUUUCGAAACCGUGGAAGAGCUGUCUUCCCCGCUCCCGGCUCACGUCCGAGGCAGAAUCCCGCCGUGGCUCGCGGGCAGCCUCCUUCGAUGCGGGCCUGGCCUCUUCGAAGUCGGAUCUGAGCCGUUUUACCAUCUGUUUGACGGGCAAGCCCUGCUCCACAAGUUCGACUUUAAGGAAGGCCGGGUCACCUAUCAUAGAAGAUUCAUACGCACCGAUGCCUACGUAAGAGCCAUGACGGAGAAAAGGAUCGUCCUGACGGAAUUCGGGACCUGCGCCUUCCCCGACCCGUGCAAAAACAUCUUUUCCAGGUUCUUUUCGUACUUCCGAGGAGUGGAGGUCACCGACAAUGCCCUGGUGAACAUCUACCCAGUGGGAGAAGAUUACUACGCCUGCACCGAGACGAACUUUAUAACCAAGAUAAAUCCUGAGACUCUGGAGACAAUUAAGCAGGUUGACCUUUGCAACUAUGUCUCAGUCAAUGGUGCAACCGCUCACCCCCACAUUGAGAAUGACGGCACCGUUUAUAACAUCGGCAACUGCUUUGGAAAGAAUUUUUCUAUUGCUUAUAACAUCGUAAGGAUUCCUCCCCUACAAGCAGACAAAGAAGACCCAAUAAACAAGUCUGAAGUGGUCGUUCAGUUUCCUUGUAGUGAUCGGCUCAAGCCAUCUUAUGUCCACAGUUUUGGGUUGACUCCAAAUUACAUUGUUUUUGUGGAAACGCCUGUCAAAAUUAACCUGCUCAAGUUCCUCUCAUCCUGGACCCUCUGGGGAGCCAACUACAUGGAUUGUUUUGAGUCCAAUGAAACCAUGGGGGUAUGGCUUCAUGUGGCUGAUAAGAAACGAGGCAAGUACCUCAACAACAAAUACAGGACAUCCUCGUUUAACCUCUUCCAUCACAUUAACACAUAUGAGGAGGACAACUUCCUGAUUGUGGAUCUCUGCUGCUGGAAAGGCUUUGAGUUCGUCUAUAAUUACCUGUAUUUAGCCAAUUUACGGGAGAACUGGGAGGAGGUGAAAAGAAACGCCAAGAAGGCUCCCCAGCCGGAGGUGCGGCGAUACGUGCUGCCCCUGACUAUUAACAAGGCCGACACAGGCAAGAAUCUGGUGAGCCUGCCCAACACCACGGCCGCCGCCAUCCUCUGCAGUGACGAGACCGUCUGGCUGGAGCCCGAGGUCCUCUUCUCCGGGCCCCGCCAAGCUUUCGAGUUUCCCCAAAUCAAUUACCAGAAGUAUGGCGGCAAAGCCUACACGUACGCCUACGGCCUCGGACUGAACCACUUUGUUCCAGACCGGCUCUGCAAGCUGAACGUCGUCACUAAAGAAACGUGGCUGUGGCAAGAGCCCGACGCCUACCCGUCGGAGCCCAUCUUCGUGUCCCGCCCAGAGGCCCAGGAGGAAGACGACGGAGUGGUUCUGAGCGUGGUGGUGAGCCCCGGGGCGGGCCAGGCGCCCGCUUACCUGCUGGUCCUGAAUGCCAAGGACAUGAGCGAGGUGGCCAGGGCCGAAGUGGAGGUCAACAUCCCCGUCACCUUCCACGGCCUCUUCAGAAAAGCCUGAUCCCGCCCCAGGCCCGGCCUCGCCGUCCCCUUCUGCCUCCUGUCUGUAGCCCCACCGGCCGCCCCUUGUCUUCCCUCCAAGCUCCGGAAUGGGCCGAAGCUUGCCGGACAGCCGCGGGCCUCAGGUGGUGCCGGGAGACUCGGGCCCUUCCGACCCCCCUGGACAGGCCACCCUGGGCCGCCUCAGGGGGCAUCCGUGCGGGCAACAUUAAAACCCAGAUGAUUCCGGGUCCGCGUGUGUGUGCGCUCCAUGUCUGUGCUCCCUCUUCUCUUCGUCCGCGCGGGUCCGAGCUGGGGGGGGCCCCUGCCCUGGGAGGGAUUGGGGUGACGAGGCCCAGAUCCCUCGUGGCGGGGCGCGUGUCCUUCGGGGCACUCAGAGGGCUGAUGGCAGAGCCGAGAACCCAGAAGCCCUUGGCUGGGCCAUGGCGAGCUCGGAGCCCGCUCAGAACCUCCCUGACGUGGAAGCAGGACAGGCCUCUGUUUGUGAGGGUGGAGAGGCCCUCCCUGGCCGGAAGCCAGGAGACCCCGAGGAGGCCUCCGUGCGGCCCAUCCCGGAGCUGCCAUCUUGGAGAGGACCGAAAGGG